CUUUAAAGCCUUGACAUCAAGAGGCGGACCCAGCAACCCCCCUUCUCAGCCCCUCGCCCCCGAUCCUUGGCCAUGGACCCGGCGUAUCCGGCCUGCCCUGGUCCAGCUCAACACCUGAUUUCGGCAAGGUGACCAUUCUGGCUGUCAGAGUGAGUGUGCCAGCCUGGCCGAGGGAGCAGAGACAGCCUGCCCGGCCUCUCGCACUUGUUCCCAGGACCUGAUGUCAGAGGCCAUGGACCAGCCGGCUGGGAGUCCUGAGAACCCGAGGCCAGCAGAGGGUGGUGAUGGCGGCAUGGAGCCGGGUACCUGCCAGGAGCUCCUGCACCGACUGCGGGAGCUGGAGGCAGAGAACUCGGCACUUGCCCAGGCCAACGAAAACCAGCGGGAGACCUAUGAGCGCUGUCUGGACGAGGUUGCCAACCAUGUGGUACAGGCACUACUGAACCAAAAGGACCUUCGGGAGGAGUGCAUCAAGCUGAAGAAGAGAGUGUUUGACCUCGAACGACAGAACCAGAUGCUGAGCUCCCUGUUUCAGCAGAAACUCCAGCUCACGACAGGCUCCCUCCCUCAGAUCCCACUUACCCCACUCCAGCCUCCAUCAGAGCCACCAGCCUCCCCCUCCCUGAGCUCCGCCGAGGGACUGGCCACCUCGCUGCCUCUGGGGCGCUGUGCUGGGCAGAGAGAGGUGUGUUGGGAGCAGCAGCUGCGGCCAGGAGGCCCAGGACCCCCGGCUGCCCCACCCCCAGCGCUGGAUGCCCUGUCCCCAUUCCUUCGAAAGAAAGCCCAGAUCCUGGAGGUGCUGAGAGCUCUGGAAGAGACUGACCCCUUGCUUCUCUGCUCACCUGCCACGCCCUGGCGGCCUCCAAGCGAGGGUCCUGGCUCCCCAGAGCCCAUCAACGGCGAGCUGUGUGGCCCACCCCAGCCUGAGCCCUCCCCCUGGCCCCCCUACCUGCUACUCGGCCCUGGUAGCCUGGGAGGCCUGCUACACUGGGAGCGCCUCUUGGGGAGCCAUGGGGAGGAAGAGGGUGCUGGGCGGCCCUGGGGCCCUAGUAGGGGCUCCCCGCAGGCCCAAGGUGCCAUCUCUGGCCCACCCUGUGCCCCAGGCAGCAGCUCCUCCUCCUCUUCUGAUGAGGCAGGUGAUCCCAAUGAGGCACCCAGCCCCGACACCCUGCUCGGGGCCCUGGCCCACAAACAGUUGGACCUGGGUCAGCUCCUUGAGGACACAGAGUCUUACCUACAGGCCUUCCUGGCCGGGGCCACCGGCCCACUCAGCGGGGACCACCCAGGCUCCAGGCAGCCAUCCUCCCCAGACCAGGGCCCCCCACAGCUACCCAAGUCCAAAGGCUUCCCCAGGUCAGCUUGGGGUGGGGGUGCCCCAGGGGCUCACAGGCCAGUCUUUGGUGCUACCUCAGAGGGCCAGGAGCCCCUCCCCUUCCUCAGCAUGUUCAUUAGUGCGGGGGAUGCCCCCCCAGGCUCUCGACCUGGCCACCCCCACUCCUCUUCUCAGGUGAAAAGCAAGCUCCAAAUUGGCUCCCCUUCUCCUGGGGAAGCCCAGGGACCCCUUCUGCCCUCUCCAGCCAGAGGGCUCAAGUUUCUAAAGUUGCCUCCAGCCUCGGAGAAGGUCCCCAGCCCAGGAGGCCCCCAGCUCAGCCCUCAGCUCCCCCGGAACUCCCGAAUCCCCUGCCGGAACAGCGGCUCCGAUGGCAGCCCCUCCCCACUGCUGGCCCGAAAGGGCCUGGGUGGAGGAGAACUGUCCCCAGACGGGGCCCAGGGCCUGCCCACCAGCCCUUCACCCUGCUCCACAACCCCGGACUCUGCACAGCUCCGACCUCUCCAGCCAAGCCUUCUCCAUCACGCUGUCCCCUUGGGUCGCCCUGCUACGAGACUGAAGACUGGUCCCGAGGGGUCCCAGGGCCCAGAAAAAAACGGGGUGCCAGCCAGGCUUGGCACCGAGAAGGCGCGGGGAGCAGGGAGGUCUGGGGAGAGUACUGGAGACCUGGCACUCUCCAUCCCCAGGCCUGAGCAGCCAGAAGCCAAGGGGGCCCUGCGGGGGGCAGUGGCCUUGGGCACGAGCAGCCUAAAGCAACAGGAACCUGGGCUCCUGGGGGACCCUGGGGCCCGAGUCUACUCCUCCCACUCCAUGGGGGCCCGGGUGGACCUGGAGCCUGUCUCGCCGAGGAGCUGCCUCACCAAAGUGGAGCUGGCCAAGAGCCGGCUGGCAGGGGCCCUGUGUCCCCAGGUACCCCGCACCCCUGCCAAAGUACCAACCUCAGCCCCCAGCCUGGGCAAGCCCAGUAAGAGCCCCCACGGCAGCCCGACAAAGCUACCUUCCAAGUCACCUACCAAGGUGGUGCCCCGACCUGUGGCCCUGCCAGCCACCAAGGAGCCCCCCAAGCCUGACAAGGGGAAGGGCCCACCAUGGACAGACUGUGGUAGCACCAUGGCUCAGCCCACACCCUCAGCACCUGGCCCGGCUGACCCAAGCCAGGGUCCUGAGGGGCGUGCCCUACACUCGGCCAUUGAGGAGAAGGUGAUGAAGGGCAUCGAGGAGAAUGUACUGCGGCUCCAGGGUCAGGAGCGGGCACCAGGCACCGAGGCUAAGCACCGAAACACUAGCAGCAUCGCCAGCUGGUUUGGCCUUAAGAAGAGCAAGCUGCCAGCACUAAACCGCCGCACAGAGGCCACCAAGAGCAAGGAAGGGGCCAGCGGGGGCUCCCCGCUCCGGAAGGAGGUAAAGGUAGAAACCCGGAAGCUGGAGGCAGAGAGCCUCAACAUCUCCAAGCUGAUGGCUAAGGCAGAGGAUUUGCGCCGGGCGCUGGAGGAGGAGAAGGCCUACCUGAGCAGCAGGGCCCGGCCGCGGCCCGGGGGACCAGCACCAGGGCCCACUGCAGGGCUGGGGCAGGUCCAGGGCCAGCUGGCUGGCAUGUACCAGGGCGCGGACACCUUCAUGCAGCAGCUGCUCAACAGGGUGGAUGGCAAGGAGCUGCCACCCAAGAGCUGGAGGGAGCCCAAACCCGAGUAUGGUGACUUCCAGCCAGUGUCCUCUGACCCCAAGAACCCCUGGCCAGCCUGUGGGCCCCGAAAUGGCCUGGUGGGCCCUCUUCAGAGCUGCGGGAAACCUGGGAAGCCAAGCAGCGAGCCAGGACGGCGGGAAGAGAUGCCUUCAGAGGUCAGCCUGGCCGAGCCAGUGCCCACCUCACACUUCACAGCCUGUGGCUCCUUGACUCGAACCCUGGACAGUGGCAUUGGGACCUUCCCGCCCCCAGACCAUGGCAGCAGUGGGACUCCCAGCAAGAAUCCUCCCAAGACCAAGCCACCACGGCUGGAGCCCCCACCGGGGGGGCCCCCAGCACGGCCACCACCCCUUACCAAAGUCCCCCGCCGCGCCCACACGCUGGAGCGUGAGGUGCCAGGCAUCGAGGAGCUGCUGGUGAGCGGGCGGCACCCCAGCAUGCCGGCCUUCCCCGCACUGCUCACUGCUGCUCCCGGCCACCGGGGCCAUCAGACCUGCCCUGACGAUCCCUGUGAAGACCCAGGACCUCUCCCUCCUGUCCAGCUGGCCAAAAACUGGACCUUCCCCAAUGCCAGGGCAGCCGGUGGCUCCACUGACCCUUUCCUGUGCCCACCCCGACAAUUGGAGGGGCUGCCCAGGACCCCCAUGGCCCUGCCUGUGGACCGGAAGCGGAGCCUGGAGCGCAGCCGCCCAGCCACUGCCACGCCCCCGGGCCCGGCGUUUGGGGGUAGCCGCACUCCCAGCACAUCGGACAUGGGUGAGGAAGGCAGAGUGGCCAGUGGGGGCCCCCCAGGGCUGGAGACCUCCGAGUCUCUCAGCGACUCGCUCUACGACUCGCUCUCCUCCUGUGGGAGUCAGGGCUGAGGAGCUGCACCUCGGCCCCUCUCAGACACAGCCUGGACUGGCUCUCCUCGGGCCCAGCCCCCUCGGGGCCCUGCGGCUCCUCCCUGCAGGGACCAAAGAGGCAGAUGGACCAGAAGGCGAAGGGGGCGCCUGGCACCCCCCCUGCCCUCCGCUGCUGUGGAGGAGAUGACCACUCUCAGCUCAGGGAGAGACCCCACCUUUGGUCCUUCCUCUCACCCAGAGUCAGGCUCUUCCUCUGAGGGACUGGGUUCCAGGCCGCUGCCCCAGCCCUAGCUCCUACUUCAGGCUGAGCCAUCCCGUGGUGCUGGGCUUCCUGCCCGCCGGCUGUGCCAUCUCCGCCAACCUGGCCGCUCCCUGCCCCCAGCCCCUACGGGGCCAGCCGGAGGCCCCGCGCUGGUGGAGUUUGGGGGCGAGGGGUCAAGUUGCCUUCUCUCUCAUCUGCCCUGGUCCUCCUUGCUGUCUGGAUGGUGCUGCCCUCCCCUGUCCCAUGUCUUUGGGUCAUUUGUCAGUCUUUUUGUUGUUGUUUUUUUAUACAUUAAAGCACCUGGCCCAAUCCCCACUCCCCACCCUCAUCCCGCACUGCGGUUAAUUUAUCUGUCGUUAUAAAUGCGGCUGCUCUGCUUCCAGCCUCUGCUUCUGCAGUAUCCCUAAUAAAACAUGAAGGCCCCGCUGUA